AUGCAACGUCGUUCUGUUCCUCGUACAGAUCCACGUUAUGAUCAAGUACGUGCAAGAAAUAAUGAUAGUGUAAAAAAAUCACGUGAAAAAUCUCGUCGUGAACGUGAUGAAACACUUGACGCAAUCAAUCAAUUAGAAGAAGAAAAUCAAGACUUAACUGAACGUAUAAAUAAAUUAAAACAUGAAUAUGAUCAAUUACAAGAAUUAUUUAAACAACAUACUGGAAUUUCUCUUGAUCAAACGAUGACAUCAGAAACAAAUGAAACUUCACUACCUUCUAUACAACCAAAACCAAUUGAACAACCAAAAGAAAUUCCUUCUCAACCUAUUUUAACUAUAAAUACAAAUGAACAAGAAACAAAUACGACAUCAUCAUCAUCAUCAGAUAUUCAACUUGAUCCAAGUACUCUUGAUGGAGCAAUUGUUCUUAUUAAUGGUGUUCAAUAUAAGAUAUUUAGCAUGAAUAAAACUUAA